UUUAAGAUAACUUUGAUACUAGUAGCUGUGGUCAAUAAAAAUUAAAGAAGGGAUUCUCAAAUUCUCAGAUCCUUGGAAUGGGAUAUACCUCCACCUGGAUUCGCAUUAGGAAUAUCACCGAACCGGGAUUCCCUUGAAUGGGAUAUCAUAGUUCUCAAUCAAACAAACUGAACCUUAAUCGAAUUUACUAUGCAAACCUAAGGCGCGCUUCAAUCGGCAAUCUCACCCAUCCUCAUCACUCUCCAUUCAAUUCUUGACAAAAUGCCGCAUUUGAGAAUAAACAAAUAAAACCCUUCAGAGCAACAUAAAAGUAUAUUCAGAACACCUAACUUGACCACGGUUGCAUUUGAUCAUAACCAAGAACAAAUCUCCAGUUUCGUGCAUCUCGAGAUGCAACGCAAAAUACACGGUUAAAUUUCGAAUUCUCAGUAUCAAAAUUAUUUACCAUUCCCGAUCCCAUCAUUUCCCUUCCUUUCCACUUCUCAGUUCGGUCUGAAUCAAAUCCCAAACGAACAUGGAACUUGACAUGGUGACUAUGGCGGCAUCGAUCGGGGUAUCGGUGCCAGUGAUUCGGUUCCUUUUAUGCUUCGUGACGACUAUACCGGUGAGUUUUCUAUGGCGACUUGUUCCGGGUCCACUAGCUAAACAUCUUUACUCAGCCUUUACGGGAGCGUUGCUUUCUUAUCUGUCAUUUGGGUUUUCCUCAAAUCUGCACUUUUUGGUGCCCAUGUUGUUGGGUUAUGCUGCAAUGGUUCUUUAUCGUCCCAAGUGUUGGAUUAUCACUUUUUUCUUGGGUUUCGGUUUUUUGAUUGGCUGCCAUGUAUAUUACAUGAGCGGGGAUGCAUGGAAGCAAGGAGGUAUCGAUGCCACUGGUGCGUUGAUGGUCUUGACACUGAAAGUCAUUUCAUGUGCAAUGAACUACAAUGAUGGAUUGUUGAAAGAGGAAGACUUACGUGAGGCUCAGAAAAAAAAUCGGUUAAUUAAGCUACCUUCUUUGAUUGAAUACUUUGGGUACUGCCUGUGCUGUGGCAGUCACUUUGCUGGUCCAGUUUACGAGAUGAAGAACUACCUUGACUGGACUGAAGGGAAGGGGAUUUGGGCUCAUUCAGAUAAAGGACCAUCACCAUCUCCAUAUGUAGCAACUCUACGAGCGCUUGUCCAAGCUGCUUUUUGUAUGGCCAUGUUUCUUUACCUUUCACCAUCUCGUCCCUUGUCCUGGUUUACUGAUCCUGCAUACCAAGAAUGGGGAUUCUGGAGGAAGUUGAGUUACCAAUAUAUGUCUGGUUUUACAAUGCGGUGGAAAUAUUAUUUCAUCUGGUCAAUUUCAGAGGCUGCUAUGGUUAUAUCUGGCCUGGGUUUCAGUGGAUGGACUGAAUCUUCACCACCAAAACCAAAAUGGGAUCGAGCAAAGGUUGUUGAUAUCCUAGGAUUUGAGUUAGCAAAGAGUUCAGUGCUGUUACCACUUGUCUUGAACAUACAAGUUAGCACCUGGCUUCGUCAUUAUGUUUAUGAGAGACUUGUUAAGAAGGGGAAGAAGCCUGGUUUUUUCCAGCUACUGGCCACACAGACCGUUAGUGCUGUUUGGCAUGGACUGUAUCCUGGGUACAUCAUACUCCUUGUUCAGUCAGCUUUGAUGAUUGCUGGUUCAAGAGUUAUUUACCAAUGGGAAAAAGCUAUACCCACAAAUAUGGCUCUUGUGAAGAAAGCAUUUGCCGUGAUGAACUUUGCUUACACAGUUUUGGUUCUGAACUACUCCUGUGUUGGCUUUAUGCUAUUAAGCAAGCACGAGACACUUGCAUCAUAUGGGAGUGUGUAUUAUAUUGGAACCAUGAUUCCGAUAGCAUUGAUUAUCUUGGGCUACAUAAUACCUGCAAAACCUGCCAGGUUUAAAGCUCGUAAAGAGCAGUGAGUACUGAGUAGGCUAAAGCCAAUUUUCUUCUCUUUGGAGUUAGAUUUGUAUCGUUUGCUUUGACCACUGGAAUUUUCGGGCUUUGUUUAACGUUAUUGUAUGUGGGUUUCGCAUAAAAUUUAUGGAAAAACCAUUCCUGAAA